AUGACAUCACACCUCGUGUUUUUCGCCUUGGUGGGGUGUGACGCUGAUGACCUUGAUCUUCAUAGUAACUCAAAUUUUAUCUUCAUCAGUGAUAGACAAAAGGGAAUUCUACCAGCUAUCACAAAGUUGUUUCCAUGUGCUGAGCACAUAUACUGUCUCAGGCACAUUCAUGAAAAUAUGAAGUCGCAGUUUAAAGGAAAGCUAUACAAGGAUAAAUUAUGGAAGUGUGCAUCAGCCACAACUAUUCCAGAAUUUACAACUACAAUGGACGAACUAAAGGCAUUCAACAAGAAAGCCACCUGUGGUUGUCAAAGGGCAGUUUCUGAUAUGCUACUGAACAAUAUGUGUGAGGUGUACAAUGCAAAGAUAGUGGAAGGAAGAGACAAACCCAUCAUAUCUGCCUUGGAGUAUAUAAGAGAAUACUUAAUGAGAAGGAUUGUCACUGUGCUGAAUGUAAUUGACAAAAGUGAAGGAUUGUUGACACCUUGGGCAGCUGAGCAGUUUGAGAAAAUCAAGAAGGAAGCAACAUUUUACUAUGUUCAGUGGAAUGGAGGGGAAUUUUAUGAGGUUAGUGGUAAACCAAAUCAUGCACGUGUGGUGAAUUUGGAGAAGAGGACUUGUAGUUGCAUGAGAUAUGCAGUGGCUGCAUUGUGGGAAAUGGGAGCUACUGGUGGAAGGGUGGGGGCUUUGGAGAGUUGGGUGCAUCCUGUGUACACAAUGGAAAGGUGGAUGUUGGUUUACUCACAUAAGAUUAACCCAAUCAAUGGAAGAACUAUGCGGGCUACAGUUCAGUGUCCCAUAACCAUCACACCACCCAAGCACCACACCCAAGUUGGCAGACCAAGAAGGCAAGGAAGAGGUCAGCCGUUGAAAUAA